AUGGGACAAAAGCAAGCGAAAGCUGAGCAGAUGAAUGAGGAGACGCUUCGAAAGUUUUAUGAUGCACAGUUCGAAAACCAACUCGUCGCCGACAAUCUAAAAUGGGCGCAGCAGAGAGCAGUAGAUUUUCUCCAACGCCGCGAUCAAUUACAAUGGGAAGUUCUGGCCGCAGCCACCACCACCGCUGUGCUCUUGGCCGCGGGAUCAAUGUAUAAACGGAAAGAUUUGAUCAUUCCAAUCGUUCCACUGAUAAUGGGAGUCGGUUAUCGAUACGACGUGGCACAUGGAGACAAUCGGCAAUUAGUGAGAGAAGACGUGGAGAAAGUGUUGAAGACGCCAGCCGAUUUACAAAUGCUUCCCCCGAUUACGUUGAAGGAAAUCGACGAAUUUAGGAAUUUGCAUUUUCAGCGAUAA